AUGUGGAAGGUCGCCGCAGCCAAGUGGAGGAGAAGGCUGGAGGAAGGGGAAGAAGGAGGAGAUCGCAUCGAGGACCGGAUCAGCCGCCUCCCCGACGGCAUCCUCGGCGACAUCGUCUCCCUCCUCCCACCCAAGGACAGCGCCCGCACGCAGGUGCUCUCCUCCCGCUGGCGCCCCCUAUGGCGCACCUAUCCUCUCAACCUCGACCUUGGCGCGCUGGUGCCCUACGAUCGCCUCUCCCUCGGUGAGAUCUCGAGCAUCCUUUCCUCGCACAAGGGCACGGGCCGCUGCUUCACCGUCCCCGCGCUGUACUUCGACAAGUUGAGCGACAGCUCAGCCGCGACCCUGGAAGGCUGGCUCCGGUCCCCCGCCCUCAACAACCUCCAGGAGCUUGCGUUCCACUACGGACGUCCUCCAGAUGCGGAGAUCCCGCCGCCGCUGCCGGCAUCGGUGCACCGCUUCUCGUCCACUCUUCACGCUGCCAACUUCGGUGGCUGCAGUGGAUUCCCGGAUGGAAGCAGCGAUGCCAGCGCGCUAUUUCACUUUCCGGUUCUCAAGCAGCUCAGCCUUUUGGAUGUCACAAUAUCUGAGAGCUCUCUACAAUCCCUGCUCGCUGGCUGCCCUAACCUGCAGAGCUUCAUGCUAUCUUACGGCAUUGACUGCCCUCGAGUCCGAAUCGCGUCUCCUACCGUUAGAAGCAUUUGUGUGGUGCUGAGUUUGAGACGCGGCGGCAUGUGCGAACAGAUCAUAGUGGAGGAUGCCCCUUGUCUAGAAAGAUUGAUACUUUUUCCACAUAGGAAUUAUAUGGAAAUGGUCAUCACUGUAGUCUCAGCACCAAAGUUGCAUGUUUUGGGGCAACUCUCUGUAGACAACCCCAUGCUCGAGCUUGAGUCCGCAAUUUUCCAGGGAUCACGCCUUGUUAGCUCAAUGACUGUGGUACCCACUGUGAAGAUUUUAGCUUUAAUGCAAAGCCAUCUUAGUUUGGAUGCGGUUAUUGACAUCAUGAAAUGCUUUCCUUGCUUGGAGACCUUGUACAUCAAGGUGACCGAACCUACUCCCAUCCACAUUAAUUCUUUUGUCACUUACAAUCGCAUCGAUGCCUUUUCUAAUGCUAGGUUUUCACCAUUUUUUAUAUGUCACUUGUGCUUUUCCCAGACAACAAAGGCAGGGGAAACAAAUGUGUGGUCUCGUAAAUACCGGAGUCUUCUGAGGACCAUUGACAUUCCACUGAAGAAAAUUGUGUUGAUAAACUACAGAGGCAACAAAUCACAUGUCAACUUUGCCAAGUUCUUCAUACUUAAUGCAAGGUUGCUAGAGUCGAUGGUUUUUCAGAUAUAUUAUGGGUCAAUGUAUUCUGAGAUAGAUUAUUGUCGAGUGCCUACCGCUAGCAGUGAGUGGAUUGAAAAUCAGCACAAACUUCUCCAGACGAAAAAUAAGGCCUCUAGGAUUGCGCAGUUUGAUUUUAUUUAUCCUGUCUUCAGGUACAAGAUGCUUCAUCACCACAUGGAUAAUGUGCUAGCACAUGAUUUGUCAACAAUUGACCCCUUUGUAGGGUUUGAAGAGUGGGUUGAUUGUUAG